AUGCCUGCUCGUCGAAAACAUUUCAACAACCGUUUCAAUCCAACGCCAAGAGCUCGGAGUCAAAGAAAGGUAAAAAAUUAAAAGUCGCUUGGACCUGAUUUCCUUGACCCUUCUGACCUGGGCUAUGGUUACUUGAAAGAUAGUUAUGCACCGAAAUGUUAUUUGUGUGAAUUUCAGUUGUCAUCAGACCUUCCCGAUGAACAUCUUACCUGUAGCAAAUGUAAUCUAAAGGUUCACCGGCGAUGUGGAAUUCCUGAUGAUACCGAAAACCUUAAUAUUCCCGAGGAAGAUUGGCUUUGCGACAAAUGUACAGCCGUGUGUUCAUUGUGUAAAUUAAAUAACGAAACCGAGCCUACAAUAAACUGUACCAUUUGUGAUACUCCGUUUCAUAUAAUCUGUAUUCAACUGUAUAGUGAUCAACCUAAACCUAAAAGACAAGGUUCAUGGGUUUGUAAGAACUGUGUUGAUGUAGCCAGUGAGAAAUAUAUUGACAACACUGAACCAGUCAAGGAAAAUACUAGUAGCAAUAUAAGUAAUUCUCAAGUUGAUCGAAUCAGUAUAACAAAUGGUAAAAGCCUCACACUGUUGGCACCCAAUUUACAUGAUACUGAUAAAAUUAGGCAACCAUCAUCAGAGGAAUCAUUGAUUGACAAUUUACCAGCAAUUGGAAUACUAGAUGAUUCAGAAUCAACUUUAAUCAAUGAAAUUGAACCAAGUAAAGCGGAGAUAGCUGAUUAUCACGCUUAUGUAUCAAAUAGACUCGCUAAAAUGGUUAAAGGCCUUGAUAUGGAUCCAGAUCCUCAAAACUGGACAACCGAUGAUGUUGAAUCUUAUGUUAAAGAAAUUGGUUUCCCUGAUCAAGCUCAUCUAUUUAAGGAACAAUUAAUUGAUGGUCGAUCACUACUUCUAUUAAGACGUGUUGAUGUUGUCAAAGGUUUAUCAAUGAAAUUAGGACCAGCUCUAAAAAUCUAUGCUCAUAUUAAUCAAUUACAAGAGAUUGACAUAGUUCCAGCUUUUAAUUCACUAAAAUCAAGUCAAUCAUCGGAUAAUUUAAAUAACCAAAUUUAAAAUGCAUCUAUUUUUUGUUUCUCUUUCUCUUUCUCUUUCUUUUCUCUUUCUUUUUCUCUUUCUUUUCUCUUUCUUUUUCUCUCUCCUGUUCUUGCUCAAAUAUCAAGCCAUUCAUCGAUAUCAUCAUUAACUACAAUUAGCACCAAUUACACACAAUCAAAUAUCAUUUGCAAAUGCAUAAAAACCCACCCCACCUUCAACUUUGCCACCUCAAUGUUUAAACAGCAAAUCCCUUCAACUACAAUAGACCUGAAGAGUUAAUUUUGUAUCAUUAUUUAAUUAUAUGCAAAAUAGCAUAUUUUUGAUGGUAUUUAGAUUAUCUAAUUUAUAUAAUUUUAAUGAGAAUCGGCUAAUUAAUCAAUUAGACUUGGACAAACUAACCAAAACAAAAAUCUCCCUUUGCAAAGGAUAAACAUUGAAACUGAAUCAAUCAAUAUGAAACCAACUGUUGAACCAAUGAACAUCUCUCAUUGUUCAAUAAUAACAAUUAAGAGACACUUAAUCAAUUCAAUUAAUAACAAUGAUGAUCAAGAUGAUGAUAAAUAAAAAUUGAGAUAACAAAUUAA